AUGUUGAUUAUUGACCUGCAUGAGGUCUCGUCCCAGUCGUGGCAUGUUGAUUUGUUACUAAAAUGUGAUUGGUAUCCCACGAGGGACGGCGUUGGAUUGUUGGAGUCACAAUUGCUCAGUCGAGUGGAGACGGUGGGUUGGCGGCGGCUAAGGAAUUCUGGUGGCGGCGAAGGAAUCCUGGUGGCUGUGGUGUGGUGGACUUGUGGCGGCUGCGAACGGGGAGGGUGGAGGCGAGAUGGGGAAGGAGAAGAAUCUGGGAAUAUGGAAGCUUAUGGAGCAAUAACCGAUUGUUAUACUGAACUUGGAGAUUUGGAACGAGCAACGAAAUACUAUGAUCAGUAUAUUUCCAGGUUACAGUCCGAAUGA